UUGAAUGGAUGAUUUUGGCAACCAUCAUAGCUAACUGUAUCGUCCUGGCUCUGGAACAGCAUUUACCUGAGAAUGACAAAACUCCUCUUUCUGAGAGACUGGAUGAUACAGAGCCCUACUUCAUAGCCAUCUUCUGUUUUGAGUCAGGUAUAAAGAUUCUGGCUCUGGGCUUUGCCCUCCAUAAGGGCUCCUACCUGAGGAAUGGAUGGAACGCUAUGGACUUUGUAGUAGUGCUCACUGGUAUCUUGUCGGCGGUUGGCUCCGAAUUUGACCUGCGGACACUGAGAGCAGUCAGGGUUCUGCGACCACUUAAGUUGGUGUCAGGGAUUCCCAGCCUGCAGGUGGUACUCAAGUCCAUCAUGAAGGCUAUGAUCCCCCUGCUGCAGAUCGGACUGCUUCUCUUUGUGGCCAUUCUGAUGUUCGCCAUCAUCGGCCUUGAGUUCUAUAUGGGAAAGUUCCACACCACCUGUUUCGACAUCGCCACUG